AAAUUAAGUAAAAUAACUACUAAUGUCGUUUGAUCCUAAUAAUUAGGAGAACUCUGAUUCUUAUACAACAGGGCCAUAAAAAUGAAUUCUAUUGAUCAGUCAUUGAACAAUACUAAUGUCGUUUUUCUUCUUCUUCUUUUCAUUGUUCUUCAACUUCUUGGAUUGCAUGGGAGGCUUCUCUAACGUAACGAAGUUAUCUCUGAAUUCGAGAGUUGAGGAGGAGGAGGGAUCAAGGAGGGAGAGAAUGUCGAAUAUUGUUGAUAAUGGAAAUCAUCAAGGCGUAAGGACAAUAGCAGUGGCCGUAGACGAGGGCAUUGCCAGCCAAAAUGCUUUGAAAUGGGCUGUUAAUCAUCUUCUCUAUGGAUCUACCCGUCAUACUCCUAUCAAGCUUCUCCAUGUUAUUAACCCUUCUAAUUCCAAUAAUACCCCCCAUGCAACUGGGCAAGCUCAUGAAGCUCCAAACAUGGACUUCAUGCUUCCAUUUCGGUGCUAUUGUACUCGCAAACGAGUACAAUGUGAGACUGUUGUGCUGGAGGAUCAAGAUGUGGCCGAGGCAUUACUUGACUACAUCUCCCGCAAUGGCAUUGAGUUUAUUGUUCUUGGUGCUACCGCUACAUCCAGGAUUGGGUUUUCUAGUUUUCCUCUCUGCUUUCCUCCCUGUCUUUUGUACUCAUAUGCUUCAACGAGCAGCAGUGGGUAUAGAAAACAAGCUUUAGAUGUAAGAAAUAUAGCUGCAACAAUGGCGUCCGUACGGCGUCUGUUCAAGGCAUCUGAGUCUAUUCCAGGCAGAGUCCUAAAGUUGGCACCACAUUUCUGCUCUGUAUACACCAUCAAACAAGGUAGGGUAUGCGAAGGGCGCGAAGCCUCUCGUCCUCUACCAAACAUUCGAGCAGCUGAUGAGAGGGCAGAAGAAUCUAAUCACAUAGGCAGAGCUCCAAGCAACAGAGCAUAUGAUGAGGUCUCAUUGUCUGACAAUGACAUCUCGCUUGGAAGACCAAGUACUGAUAGCAUAUCUUUUUACCAAAAUUUUGGGUCUGCUGAUAUGAGCCGAGUUCUUUCAGCAUCCUCAAAUUACUUGGAGAGUAUUGCAAAACUAGAAUCAGAUUUCGGCAGUUUUGAUUUGAACAUUCCACAUGAACUGUCAUCAACUGCCCAAGGAAUGCCAUUCCUGUCACAGAAAAUAUUCGAUGAAAUGGAAGAUGAGAUGAAAAGGCUUAGAGUGGAGCUGAAGCAAACGAUGGACAUGUACCAUGCAGCCUGCAAAGAAGCAGUGGCAGCAAAACAGAAGGCUAUUGAGCUGGAAGAGUGGAAAAUGAAAGAAGGGCAAAGACUAGAAGAGACACGACGUGCCCUAGAAGCAACUCUGGCAGCUAUGCAGAAGGAAGGAGCCAACUCUAAGGCAACAAUUUUGGCAGCUGAUGGCGGAGCAGCUGAGCGGUUUGCUGAGAAAGAAUUGCAAAGGACCAUAAAUGCAGAUCAGAUCUUCAAAGCUCUAAGAGAGGCUAAUGAUGAAGAGAAGAAAAGGGUUUUGGAUGCUUUAGGCCAGUCUCAUAUAGUUUUCAAAUACCAAAGCUUAGUUCAUAUUUUAGUUGUUUUAUUUUUAUUUUCUUUGUACUAUUCACAAUUUUAGUUGCGAACUUGUUUCAACAAGAUUUACAAGAGUGUUUUUCUUUGUUUAUAUGCAAGGAAACUAGUUAACCC